AUGACAGAGACAUUGAAUGUCAUAGUCAAUAACGGAUCAAGUGUAGGCGCUUAUACACUUGAUCUGAUUGCGCCUCCGAAGUUGACUUCGGAGAUCACUCAGUUGCCAACGCUCGAACAUAAAAGGUUCUUGCGUGAUCUGCGUAGUGGCAAAGUCAAGCAGAUCUGCGUACUCGUCGCUGACGACGAGUGUGUAACCGACAUAAGGUCAGCAACAGUGUUUACUGAGAACGAAAGAGUUCUCAGUAGUUCAUCUAUGGACGAGAGUGUCCUAGAUGAAAAGACACGAAUUGAGCGAUAUGAGUCCCAAUCAUGGGAAUCGCUCAAGGAAAAUCCUCUCUAUGAAGAUUUGGUUGAAUUCAAGGAUGUAUUCCCUGAAACUGUUCCGUGCGAAAUACCGAAGGAUAAAGGUAUUCGACACGAAGUCGAGCUUAAUCCAGGCUCGAAGUACUGUGUCAUGAAGCAGUGGCCACUGCCUCGUGAACAAGUACUUGCGAUCGACAAGUUCUUUGCCGAUCGUUUAGCUGCGGGCCAUGUGAGGGAAUCAACUUCCCCACAUAGCUCUCCGAUCUUCUGUGUGCGAAAAGCAACAGGAGGGUGGCGGAUAGUGCACGCGUUUAACAAAUUGAACGCUGCAACGGUACCGGCUCAGACGCCGAUACCGAGGAAGGACGUAAUCAUUGAUGGUAUGUCAAAGAGUACCAUCUUUUCGUCCAUGGAUUUGAUGGAUGGCUUCUAUCAAAUCCUAAUGCGGGAACGGGAUAUACCCUAUACGCAGUUAGCACGCCUAGUGGCAUGCUCUGGGAAUGGCUAG